AUGAGCGAUCAAGCCCCACCAACACUCGAGCAGCUAGCGCUCGAGACCCUACUGAAGAAGGAGGCCUUGGCCAUUUCUGGUUUUGCAGACUGGCCCUGGUUCCUGUUCCCAGCAGAAUUUGAGAGGGCCUUCAGGAACAAUCAGACCAACAUCCUGAGGGCCAUGGUGCCUGCCUGGCCAUUCACAUGCCUUCCUGUAGGAGUCCUGAUGAAGACCCCACACCUGGAGACUUUGAAAGCUCUUCUUGAUGGACUAGAUGUGCUGAUUACAGAGGAGCCUUGCCCCAGCCGCGGGAAAAUCAGAGUGCUGGAUUUGACAAAUAGGGAUUCCUGUUGCCUGAAGAAGCCCUUGGAGACCCUGUCCAUCACUCUCUCUUACCUCAUACAGAGAGACUUGGAUUACCUGCCCCAAUGCCUGAACAUUUCUGCACUUAAACAUCUCGACCUGUCUCACACAAUGUUGGGCAGGAGUAUUAAGCCACUUGGCUAUCUCCUUGAGAGAGUGAAAGACACCUUAGAAACUCUUGACCUGGCUGGAUGUCGGCUGGAGGAUUCUCAAUUUAGUGCUUUGAUGCCUGCCCUCAGUCAAUGCUCCCAGCUUCUCAAGAUCAAUUUGUACAUGAAUGACCUGUCUCUACCUGUCCUGAAGCAACUGCUUCACCACACAGCCAAGCUAAACAAGCUAACCGAAGAGACAUACCCUGUCCCUCUGGAGUACUAUGAUGGAUGCCGAGUGCUUGUACACAGAUUUGAUGAACUUGGUCCUGAGCUUCUGGAUAUACUCAGGUCCGAAAGACAGCUCAAGGCAGUCUCUUUUCAAUCAGCCAUCUGCACUACAUGUUUUGUGCGCUAUGCCUAUGACCUGAAGGGCAGCCAUUGCUGGGGAAAUGCUGCGGCGCCACGUUGCCCCAUGAUUCCGAGGGAAUACUUUUAUGAGCUAUGGUUGCAAUCCUUUGGAUUAUAG